AUGAUAGAUGCUACGUUAAAAGUGAAAGAGUCUAACCGAAUCGGCAUCGACAAACGAUCAUUGAUCGCCGAGAAGAAAGCGGCCAGUAGCGUGACCUGCGCAAUCACCACAAGCACUGAUGGAUCGGAGGACGGGCUCAUCCAUUGCUUCAAGAAGGAUGGUCCAAUCCCCGAAGGAGCCAAACAACUCGCCGAUGCUCGAAUUGAACGCGCCAUCUCCGGAAUCAACAAUCACCUUUCAUCAAUCGAAUUGGAAGAAGAUAUUGGCUACGGCUGUGAGCUUUUCGCGCACGACAGUGAGAAAUGCAACUACGCGUGUCGCUCGAUUUUCAAUUGUAAUUGGGGCAAAUGUGUUGGAUGGCUGGAACACAAGUGCGCUUGUUUCAAUGGAGAUAACUCGCGUUAU